AGAGAAAGUUUUCAGUCUAGGGGCCGGUGCCCUGACACCAGCUCGUUUACCCCUGCCCUGACCCUGGGUGGGAGGCAGGAUGGCCUCAUUUUACAGGGGAAUAUUUAUCUCUUGUGUUCAGAGCACUCUUGGGGAUUUUCCGAGCGAGCAGCGGGGAAGGAGCUGGUCCAAAGCGAUACCGUGCUUGCCCGGUCACUGUGGCCGACUGGGGCCUCAAAGAACCACUCUGGUACCAGCGACCAUUGCCCUUUUGGAGUCUCCACACGCCCCCUUGUGGUCACUGCGCGCCCCUGCAGCUUCUGUCGCUCGGGUCACAGUCCCCGUUAUCCCGGCCACACCCGGGGGUGCCGGAGACAGAUGUGGCCCGGCGGGAGGCCCGGUCAGCCUUCCUCCCAGAGGCAGGUCUGGGCUGACCGAAGCACCAUCCGGUCGACCGGGUGCGUCCGGGGCUCCAGACACAGGUGGAGGCGGCGGCAGCGCGGGACAGUCGGGAACGACCUCUGCCCCUCCCCUCCAGAACCGAAAUCCGGGACGGCCGGCGCCCGCGGGGCCUAAGAAGUGCCUGACGCCUGGCGGUCGCUCCCCAGUUUCCCGGGAGGAUCGGAGGGAGGCCACGCCCCACCCACCCCAGACGCUGAGCCCUGUAGUACAUCGAGGAUCUGGAACGGUGGGGUGACCAGGGAGGUGCUCAUGAAGCCAGGCGUGGCCCUGAGGAGAGGGCGCAAUAGGUGUGGCAGACAUCCAACCCAGAUCUGGCGGAAGACAUGGAUGGAUUUGUCCCCAAACACAUGAGUAAAACUCCUGAGAACUUUCAGAAAUGCCUGUGUCAUUUGGGGUGGUGGUAGACACUGAGGUCCUAUAGUUGUAAGGGACCCUGAAGUUGAAGAAAUAAAGCUAAUGGAUGGACCCCAGAUUAGCUGCUCCUGAGGAUACCCAGGGGACACAGUCAGGUUUCAUCUCGAUCACUGGAAUCCUGGUGCCAUGCAUAUAUACAUCGUGCACUUUGCCACCCUCGGAAUAGAACCAGUUUAUUCAUCAGGGAAAUGGUGGAAGGGCAUCAGUAGGGAAGUCUGGUGCCCAUAGUUGGACAUGGCCCCUCAGUGCUCCCUGCUGGUCUUGGAGACCCCAGAAGGCAGUGAUGAGGCAACAACUGAAGAGCCCCCCCACAGGCUGCUGCGCCUCUACACAGAUCUAGAGAUGUGUCCAGAUAUUCAGGAGGGAGAAAAAUACAAACAGCUUUACCCAAGCUUGUGGAGAUUCCUGAUCACUCCAUGUUCCUUGGAAAAAGGAUGCCUGAAAGCACUCUAUAAGUUUCCUUUCUCAGGCCUUAAGUUUCUAGGACUGUCUUUCUGGAGACUGUGGGGAGCAAACGAUAUCAGAUGUGCCAGAAUCUGGGACCCUCUCCAGAUAGGAGCAUGCAAGCUGGAUCCAGCAGUUCCUGAAGCCCACUAGAUCCAUCCUGCCUUUCCAGUGACAUGCUCCAGUAAAUCCACUUUUGUGCUUCAGUGCAAGAGAGUAGGAUUUUUCUUUACUCCUAACCAAACGAGUCCUCUUGCGAUAUGAGAGCUUGCAGAGACUUCACAAAUGAUUGGAUAUGGGCCAACAAGAGGGCGACAUCUCAGGCAAUGGCAGUAUGAAGCGUGAUUGAUUGGGAGGACCCCAGUGCUCUUAAGAGCGACAGAAAAAUUAGGUAGUUGGAGUACAAGUCUGUGCUUCUGAAUUGUCGGUGUAGGCUGAUCCAAUAGACUUUAGAUCACAAAAGGUCUAGUUUUAUGCUUUCAUCUGGCAGGUUAGUCUCUCUUCCAAUCACUAAACCCCUCCCACCCUUGCACUUCAGAUAUCGGAACUCCACACUUAAUUUUGAAGUGUAUUGGGUGCCUGGAAAAAAAAAAACCACACACACACACACACACACAAUAAUGAAAUUCUACCCAAGUCCAAAUGGCAUGAACUAGCUACACACAAAGAGCAGAGGCCCCUGUGGAUUGAGGAUUAUUAAACAUGAAGUAUGUUUGUCAGGAAAAACCUUUGUUUAUAUAAACAGUAGAAGCACCACCAUGGUAACCCUGCUUGGUUUGCUCUGCAGCCCAUAAAGGCCUCCCCACCAAAAUCCCGCCUCCUUUUUCACUGCUAGCCUACAUUUUUUUAAAAACAUCUCCAGCCAAAAUUCCAUGAUCUGCCUGCUUGGUUUCCAGGCUCAGAAAAUAUCAUUUUAAAAGUGCUGGGGAACUGGCUGAAACCACUGCCAAAGCUUCUAAAUGAAAGCUCAUUUCUCACACACACACACACUCUCACACACAAAGACACAUUUUGUUUGCCAACUACAGUAUGCUUUUCCUUUUUUAUGCAACCCAAGUUUCCUUGGGCCCCACAGGCCUGCUGGGCCAAUGAAAUAACCUUAACAUACGGCCAGCAGUAACCCACAUUUGCUCUGGGUUUUUCUCCCACCUGCUCACAGAGGGCUUUGGCCUCCAAGGUACUGUUCCUGAGUAAGAGGUGUACUUCCAUGAGGCCCUUGAACAAAGCCACUGCUUGACUGUGCGGCGCAACCUCUCUCUGUGGUGGUGUCCACCCACAGAGCUCCCCCAACACCUCUAUACUCUGCCCGAAAAUCAGGCCACUUGGGGAUGUGUGGUGAAUCUGGGGAGAAUCCCCUAUUUUCCAUUGUGUUCUUCUCAAUUAACGCACCCCAAACCAGGCUGCUGUGCUCACUGUCUUAUCGUCUUGUUG